GCCUAUACGUGGUGUUUCCUUAACCCUCAAAAGCAUCUAAAAUGCCUACCCGAUUCUCCAACACCCGAAAGCACCGAGGUCACGUCUCUGCCGGUCACGGUCGUAUCGGUAAACACAGGAAGCACCCGGGAGGUCGUGGUCUUGCCGGUGGUCAGCACCACCACCGAACCAACAUGGACAAGUACCACCCUGGUUACUUCGGUAAGGUCGGUAUGCGUCACUACCACCUCCUCAAGAACCACUACUACCGCCCCACCAUCAACAUCGACAAGCUCAUCACUCUCCCCGAGUCUAAGGUUGAGGCCCCCGCCGGUACCGUCCCCGUGAUUGACCUCACCCACCUCGGCAAGUUCAAGCUUUUGGGCAAGGGCCGAAUCAACACCCCCUUCAUUGUCAAGACCCGAUUCGUCUCCAAGCUCGCCGAGGAGAAGAUCAAGGAGGCUGGUGGUGUCAUCAAGCUCGUCGCCUAAGCGUGAUGGAGACUUGUAGAGGAGUUCGUGUUGCGGCUACGGCAUGCAAUGUGUAACAUGAUAUCCGGCU